CCCGGGGAGCCUCUUUCAUUCACAGCCACAUUCUGGAUUACUACGAUAGCUGCAGAGAAGCUCCUUCUUCGGAGUCUGCGGACGGAAACGCAACGGAGGAGUGCGCUCAGUUCCCUUAAAAACAAAAAAAAACACAAUGAAAAUGCCAGCGGAUGAAAUCAUCAUGGAGGGAGACCUGGAGAAGAGGAGCGACAGCUUCCUCCAGUUCUGGAAGAAAAAGACGUGCGUCCUGACCAAGGACAGCCUCAAUAUGUACGCGGACGUAAAGCGCUCCAAGGUCAAAGAACUCAAGCUGCAGUCCAUAAAGAAGGUGGACUGUGUGGAGCGCACCGAAAAGUUCAUGUAUUUCACCAUCGUUACCAAAGAUGACAAAGAGAUCGACUUCCGGCACUCCGCCGAGCAAACCUGCUGGCACGCGGAGAUCACCCUGGCCCUGAUUAGUUACCAGAACAGAGAAGCCGUCCAGGACUUCAAGACACGGCAGGACGACGAGAGCGCAUCGCCCGGACAGGAGAGGCGCAUGGCCAGGGCGCCUUGAACCGCUCCAAGGCGCAGGAUCGGAACUGCUCCAAAUAUGAGUCUACACGGACCAUUGAGAAAAAUGGGAAAACGGAUCAACGGAAGCCUUGGUCAUCCGGUCCAGAGAUGAAGGACUGUUCGGGACUGAGCUCCCUCAGAGACGGGACAACUGAUCCAAAUCGACACACGAACUUUUACAAGCUCAAAGUGGACUGAACUGUCAGAACUAUUUCAUGUUUACUCUUCAUAGAGAAAUGGCGCCUGAAAUCAUGUUAAUUUAUUUUUGUUUCCAGGAUCUAUGGUGUUACUGGUAAAACUGCUUGUGUUUAAAUUAUUUUCUGCUUAAAUGUGUUUAUUUAAAUAAAUAUCUAUUUGCUUUUGCCAUAAUUCCAUCCCAACUGUUUUUUUUUUUUACUUUGAAAAUGUUUUCUUAAGGUCUGUUGAUGUUUAGACCUGCAUGAUUCAAGGAAGAAAAAAAAAAGCGCCUGACAUGCACGGAUACCUUUCACCAGCACUAUUUCUUAAGUGCCACACAUGCAACUGUAAAAAGGGAGUGGAGGACAGGAAAGUCCCUCUUCCGCUCCAGCGUCAAGUGGAAUGUGACCUUUUAUUGUCGCUGGGAGGGUUUGGGGCCCUGAGUCACGACUGAUAGCAAGUUCAGUCGGCAUCAACGGACGCUUUGAAGACUCGAUGGUGUCACUGAACACACCUGUUUCCGAGGUGUGGUGACCUUUAUGGCUCCUGGUACAAUCUGAUAAUGGAAGUAUAAAGUGAGCGUAUCUGAAGAAAAUUAAAAUCAUCAAAAGAAUUGGUGUUUUCCUUGAUGUUCUGAGACCUUAUUGUGUCCAAGACGAUAUUCAAACUACAGGGGCUUUUUUGAUGGAAAUGGUGAACGAAGGUUUUUAAAUUGUUGGGAGGACGGAACUGUUUAGUGAUAAAGUAAUUUGAAAAGCUACUUGGGUUGUACUCACUAAAUGAGUCGGUUUACAACAAUGGUACCUGAUCAUCUGGCCAUAAAAUGAGCAUAGCUUUAUACGGGUCGUUACAAUUUGACCUGAAAAUUAGUGUCUCAGUUUAUCUAGACUUUAUUUUGCCAAAUAUUGCCUGAUAGUUUCUCUAUAGAAAUAAUUUAAAUUGAACAGCUGAAAGACAUAUACCUUCAUUAAUGCAAUGUGGUCACUGCUACCGUUUUCAAUUAGAUUGUUUAGAUGUCGGUCAAACACUUGUCUCAAAAAUUCAGUUUAAUUCUUUGAACAAACAGAUUUAAAGCGUUUAGUGAUUAAAUUUACUUCCGCUAAUGAAUGAGGUUAAACCAUUUGUAUAUUCAACAAUUAAUAGCCAACAGGACAAUAGUGAUAUUUAAGAGUUUCAAUCCAGAAGUAACCUCAAACAUUUAGCUGAUUUCACCAAGUAAGAUUGUUAGUACCUUGAGACAAAUCACUUUGUUGAUACUCAAAAUGGUAUUUAAUGUUCUGUCAAAGUAUCUUAUGUAAUUUUUUUUUUACAGAUUUAGUAAAAUAAAUUGAAAUUAAUUGUA